AUGUUCCUGGACCCGGCGAUUCGGGACUGGGUGCUUUUCCCGAUUACGAUCAUCAUGGUUCUGGUGGGUGUGUUCCGUCACCAGCUGACGAUUCUGAUGACCGGCGACCCGCCCAAGCCCGAGCUCAAGGACAUCCGGCAGGGCAAGGCGCUGAUCCGCGGACAGCUCCUGGCACAGAACAAUGCGUACCUCCCGACGUCAGCGUUCAUUGAGCGGAAGAAGUACCUAUGCCAGGCGUUUGAGGACGGCGUGUACCUGAAGAACAAGGUCAGCAAGGACGAUGGCGGCCUGGUGAACCCGAUGGCGGACCCGAAGAACAUGGAGGUGAUGAUGGACGGCAUGAAGAAGCAGAUGAUGGGCAUCGUUCCGCAGACGCUCAUCAUGGGCUGGAUCCAGUUCUUUUUCUCUGGGUUUAUCCUGAUCAAGCUGCCGUUCCCGCUGGGUCUGCGCUUCAAGCAGAUGCUGCAGUCAGGCAUCAUGACGCCCAACAUGGAUGUCAAGUGGGUGUCGUCGCUGUCAUGGUACUUUUUGAACCUGUUUGGUCUGCGCGGCGUGUUUUCGCUGAUCCUAGGCGGAGAGAACGCUGCCGACGGAACCCGCGAUAUGACGGCCAUGAGCACCAUGGGCGCCAUGGGCCAGCAGCCAGGCCAGCCGCAGGACUUCAACAAGCAGUUCCUGGGCAUGAAGGACACGCUCUCGAUUAUCUACCACGAGUGGGAUCUUGACAACAUCGAGCAGCGGGUGCUGGUAAAGUACGGCAAGCAGACCCGCGUGUUCAAGUCGGCCCGCAAGUAG